AUGAUGAAUCCUGGACAGGAUUUGCUCCUGGCAGCCCUGAGCGAGAGCGGCAUCUGCCCUAACGACCUGUUCGACUUUGACCCUCAGGAUGCUGCUCUUCCCUCUCCCACCCCACAGGUAGGUGAAACACAGGGAGGCAUCUUCCCAGUAGUCCAAAGUGGCUUCUAGCUCUUCUGCAUCAUUUUAGUUUAAUGAAUGGAAAAGCACUUAACUAAUUUAAUUUAUUAUUGUCUCAAUAGUUUAGUGACCUCCCAGCAUCUCAGUAGUGGCCUUCCCUCCUCUGAUCUGCAUGAAUACAUAACUAAAGGACAGCCUGGGAAAGGCUCUACAAUGCAACCAUUUUACUCGCAUAUGCGCCUAAAUAAUUUGCUCUGUGUCCUGCGCCCACCUAGAAAAGAAUCACCCAGAUGAUAAUUUUUGCAAUGGUUACUUCCCUGUACCGCAGCCCCUGAGUGCCAUGGAGAAUACACUGAGUGCAGGUUCAUGACUGUCAUGCUUGCACCAUUACCUCAAAGAAAAUGGCUUGUUAUCUCAAAUAUUUUUCAUUGUGCUCCUAAAUUUAUUUGUGCUCCUACAUUUUUCAACUUAGGCACACACGUGCUCCUUGUAAAAAAGGUCAGCAUAGAGCUCUAAACCUGGGUGCCGCUGCUUCAGAUGUGUAGUGUUCUCUGGUGCUGAUAUGAGUUUUGUUUUUCUCCUCCAGUCCAUCUCCAUCAGUGCCCUGGGUGUUGGCUCGGGGAUGGAGGCAAUGGGAGCCACAGCUCCACCCACACCUACAGUCACAAUCAGGGUAGGGACUUUAUUCAACAAAAGAUGGGUUACAGUGUGCUCUUACAAGAAACUUAGUCAGUCAACCGUUUGAAAAUGUUUUCUCCUGUUUGUUUCCACUUAAAAAAGACCCCGAAUAUUUGUGCUGUGCCUACACAUUUCGGAAAAAACAUAUGCCUUGACCUAGUCGUAUAAGGAAUUGUAUUAUUGUACUGCAGUAUAAUUUCUGUGUGGUAACAUCUCAACCUCUUCCCCCUGUCUCUUUUCUCUCCCCUCACUGGUCCACCAGAACAAGCCGCAGCCCUCAACCACCACAUUUGUCUUAAAUCAACUGAAUCAGUUGCCAUCGCUGGGAACAAUUGUUGUGACCAAGCCCUCAACUGGAGGCACGGCCAGACACACCAUCACAGUCACCAAGGUGGUCCAUACCACUCCCUCAGCCCUACGAGGAUCCACUUCCACACUUACCUCCUCCACGGCUCUCCCCUCCUCAGUCUCCACAGUGGUUCCUUCCAACAGAGAGCAGGUCAGUGGAGGAAACACUUUUACCCUGGGAAUUGCAUUGGGAACAAAAAUGCAGCAGAAAAUAUGAAAUAAACAAGUGUGUGUGUGCUCUGAUUUUAGUAGGGGUCAUGAGGGCUAAGAUGCCCUUCAGUUCCUAUGCUGCCAUCUGCAAAAUAGCAAAGAAAUUGAGGGAAAACUUAAGUUAAAGCCUUCCUCGUUAUAACAUACAUCUUUCCUUCUGUGUCAGAUCCAGCUGAAGGACCUGUUGAGGACGGGCAGCACCAUGAAAAGCAGUAGUCUGGUGGAACUCAUGAGGCUCAAGCCGCCACCAGACAUCGCCCAGCCGGUCGCCACGGCAACAGCCACAGGCACCAGUGAGUCACAGUACUCAUGGAACCCUGGCUGGGUUCCAAUGACUCCAAAUGGUUUAUUUUCUUUUCCCAGUCUUCUUUUGGUGUCUGACACUUGAUGUCACUACCAUUUGGCUGUCACCUAUUCUAUACCAUUCUCUAAGAUCAGAGGUGAACCUGUGGAGGGAAGGAAGCUAUUUGAGGAUUGGGCUGAAACUGCUCAUAUGGACAGGUGCAGAUCUUGGGUUAGAAGAGACCAGAGCCAUAUAUAUAGAGAGAGUUAGACCAGGUUUUAGAACAGCUGCCAUUUUAGCGCCCAUAUAGAACUUUAUUCUUAAAAUGUUGGUGAUGUAACAAUACGAGAGGGCCUCCGACAGUUCCCUAUGAAAUGACCCGCUUUAAACAAGCAAAACGGAGCAGCAAAUUUAAGAUGUUUUUACUGAUUAGCAUUCGGGAUAAUGUGUAUCCAAGUCUUUACUGUAUUGUAGCGUCUGCUUUCACUGGACAUUUUCAUAGGUUUUUUCACUGGACAUUUUCAUAGCAACUGCUAUGGAGGAAAAAGUGGCACUCUCGGAACGUUCAACCGCAUUGGCCUAGCUCACUCUCUAUCUCUAUUCUAUAGAUGUGUUUAUAUAGAUAGAUAGGUCUGGAAGAGACUGUUGUACAUGUCUCAUGUAGCCAAAGAUGUUUUCUGGCCAUGUUAUUUUGAGCCCCAGGGUGCAAUCCAUUCAUGCCGUUCCUAUCUGUAUCUAUUUUUGUUUGUCAAAUUGUUGCUCUUUAAGUUUGGUUUGGAAAGCGCUAUAACAUUUCAAAACCCUUCCCUGUACAAUGAUUAACUUCACUCACAGGAUCGUUAAUGUGUACCAAACAUGUCCAUGCUCAAUCAGUGUUCAAUGCUCUCAUCCUCGCAGAAAUGAUACUGGUCUCGACAAAGAUGAUUCAUAAACCAGGUAUGGACAGGAUCAAGAUCCGAUAUCAUCUGAUUCCAGUGUUAUCGUGUAACACAGGAAAGGGUUGUUAUAAAUGGGUCCAGUUUUCCCACCUACAAGGCACCCUCAAUCACUUUAUUUCAGUUGUAUGUGGUUGGUUUAGACUUCUAUAGUGUAUGUGAAACUGAAAGCAGUGAGGUGUCUUUUAAAGUGACCUUGCACAAGGGCUGUUCAAGUGAAUCAUGCCUGCGUGUGUAAAAGUAUUUGUUUCUAAUGGUCAGUUGGUGUGUCUGUUCUUCCAGUAAUAAAUUCUGUAUUCUUUCUGUACCUCUUCUCACAGCGGAACUGAACAACGGAAUAAAGAAGGAGGUGUCAAGUAAAGAUGUCGCUCGGAUCUGGGUGAACGACGACAUGAAAGUGCGGAGCUUCUCACCUACACUAGUGAGUGGUAUCAUCCAAUCACUGACUCUUAACCAAAAGGCAGAUGUCGUAGUAGUCCUACUAAAAUCUCUACCCGUUCCCCUGUUCAAUGACAGAAACUCUAGUAUUCUUAGGGUGUUUUCACACAGUUCCGAGCUAUAGUUCGAAUCAGAGUUCCAUUAUUUGUUACAUUGUAUUCUUUUCAUUUGGUCCAGUUGGUUUCACAUUGCCAAAUGUCAAACAAACUAAAAUGCCUAAACAAAACCACGUUCAUGCAAGUCAUUUGUUUAUUGGAGAAAAAUGCUCACAUUUAAAUCCAUCUAUGAUUAUCAAGAAGUGUAACUUGUGCGUCCCAAACUUAAUAUUACUUUCGCUUUGGUCUUCCAAACAUGUGGGAGGAAACAGCGCAAUACCUGCUCUAACUGCGACAUGAAUAGGCUAUAUUCAGUAGCCUUCAGUAGCCUAUGUCCCCGGUAUAGACCCCCGGAUGCGCUCAUAAAUGCGCUGCUACUCACAGAAUGUUUCAGAGAUAUCAAGAUAUGGUACUGCAUUUCAUCAAAUGCUCGACAGUCAAACAACCAAUAAUACUCCUUGUUCUUUUCCUGUGUUUGGUCCGGACUGCGUUCUCACCUGCAGCAAUCUGCACAAUGGUGCUAAUGGAAUCGGACCGAGACCACCCUUUUUGAGCGAACCACUGUGCGCUGUUUAGUUUACUCCCGAGUGCGGAUAGUGUUCAUACCAGUCCAAACUAAGGUGGAAGAAGCACCGGAGUAAAAAAAAAAAGAAGCUCCAAACCAAUUUGGUGUUGAAGCCCCCUUAUCGAUAAACGGCAACAACACAAUGAUUCCCUAAUAAUUACUAUUUUCUUUAGGAUUCAACAAAGCCUUCUGAGAAUUUAAUUCAACAGCCUGUUGAGUUUCUGUGAAAUGCUUCAGACAGCUUAAUAACAAGUGAUUAUGUCUUUGUGUAGAAACUCCCAGGGAUGAAGGAGGAAGAGGAGGCUGAGGAAGAGGAGGAUGAAGAGUUGGGUCAUGCUGAGACAUACGCUGAGUACAUGCCCAUGAAACGUAAGCUUUACUCGCAGUGCUCUCCAACAAUUUAGUUUCCUUUUAUGUUUACUGAAGCAGUUAAGUCUUGUUCACACUGGCAGUUUGAAGUGACUCAAACCAUAUUCUUUGGGCAUAUCCGAUUUCGAAUCAGAUAUUUUUCCUGCAGCCUGAACAACCAGAAAUCACAUGGAAUCGGAGACAAAUUCCUGGCCAUGAAACUUGUCUGAACGGUCAAAUUUGAUUUAUUUGCCCUCAAGUGGUUUUUAGACUGUUAUUUGGCAUAUAUUGUUGUUUGGUAGCUACUCAGUGUUUGACAAGAAUACGUGAUAGCUAAUUAACUUGUUAAUUGUUUACAAACAAAUUAGUGAAUGUGUUAGCGAGCUAAACAGCUAGCUAGCUUAGGUGACUGCUGUGGCUAGCCAAAAAGGACUAAUUUAGAAUCUCGUUUAUCCUUUGAGGCUUUAAGUGUUCUUACACUAUGAUUUCCAAAGAUUCAACGCAAUUUGGAGACCUCCAUGGCGGGUAUUGAAAAUGUAUGCACUCACUAACUGUAAGUCGCUCUGGAUAAGAGCAUCUGCUAAAUGACUAAAAUGUAAAUGUAUUGUUGUCACCUUAGCUUGCUACACAACAACUUGUGUAGGAUUGAGAGGGAGCACGAACACCACCAAUCAGCCUACGCCACUGCACCCAUCCACCAUUACCAUGGCAACUAGCAUAGCCAGGUCAGAAAAUGACUACAGUCUGAGCACGCACACAUCCGAUUUGGUCACUUGUAACUUGCUGUUUGGACAGUCAGUAUUCCAAAACCGAUUUUAAAAAACAAAACCGAUUUUUGAGCUUUAAAUCCUGAAGUGUGAACAAGGCUUAAUACUCAUCAUAGUCAAAUAAUGUUUACCGAUGAAAGAUGGGUGGAGCCCAUGCAGAGGUGCACACUGAGUGUUUGCUUUGAGGGAGCAGCAGAGUUAAUGGAAAACAAAGAUUUGAUUGGUCAGUUGGUUGAUUGAUCAUGUUGAUUGAUGGUUCCAGUGCGGAUCGGGCUGCGUCACCCAGACCCGGUGGUGGAGACCAGCUCCCUGUCCAGUGUGAACCCUCCAAAUGUUUGGUACAGAAUGUCUAUACCAGAAGAGACCGUCGACCGCGGCUGGCUGUCUGCCCUGCAGCUGGAGGCCAUCACAUAUGCUGCCCAGGUAAAGAUCCUACACCUUUACACUACUGCUCACCUGGCCAGAUAAAGACCCUACUACAGCUUGGCACUGCUUUAUGUACUAGUGUAGAUGAGCAUUCACAUACUGAAAUGUUUCUUGUCUCCAUAGCAACAUGAAACAUUCCUCCCUAACGGCGACCGAGCGUCCUAUCUGAUAGGAGACGGGGCCGGAGUGGGGAAAGGCCGGACCAUUGCUGGGAUCAUCUACGAGAACUACCUCCUCGGCAGAAAGAGAUCACUCUGGUAAAACUAUAACGAGGGUUACAUGAUACAUCCCAUCAAUGAAACAAGAUGAAAUUACACACACAUAUUCACACACACAUACUCACACUCAUUGUCACAUUUCAUAAAAGCUAUUCCAUCUCCUUCACAGGUUCAGUGUUUCUAAUGACCUGAAGUAUGAUGCGGAGAGGGAUCUGAAAGACAUAGGAGCAAAGAACAUUCUGGUCCAUUCACUAAACAAGGUAAGAGGAUGCCCGCUGUGUGCAGAUGUACUUCUCCAUGCGUGUUUCUUACAUGGUAAUAAAUUGAAGAGGAUCCUUCACACUGGAUAUGCUUUUCAUAUCUGCCUUCCAAAAUGACAUGUUCACAUGCAUGUAAAGGUGUUCGCCUUCACUCAAAAACUAUUUUGUCUGUCCCAGUUUAAGUAUGGUAAGAUCUCGUCCAAACACAACGGCAGUGUGAAGAAGGGGGUGAUCUUCGCUACGUACUCCUCUCUGAUAGGAGAGAGCCAGUCUGGAGGGAAGUACAAGACCCGCUUCAAACAGCUACUCCACUGGUGUGGAGAGGACUUCGACGGAGUCGUAUCCUUUCACUGACCAACAGAUGACUACUCUAAAAACAAAUCAUAGAAAGCAUAAUUGCCUUUGUAACACAAUUAGUCCAAAUUUAUACUGAGUACGUAAUCUGGGACUGUGUAACUGCCCUUAGAAGUAGGAGUUCUAGUAACAGGUAGAUAAGUGGCAGUAGUUUAGUGGCGAUAACACCACCUUUCCUUAACCCAAGCCCUUUUAGAUUGUGUAUGACGAGUGUCACAAAGCCAAAAAUGUCUGUCCCAUCGGGUCAUCCAAACCCACCAAGACUGGACUGGCAGUCCUGGAGCUGCAGAACAAACUGCCCAAGGCACGGGUGGUGUACGCUAGCGCCACUGGUAAGAUACUAACCACCUAGAGAGGAGGCUGCUGACAUUUUCAUACUUCAAAUGUUGAGCAGAGUCCAUAUUCUAUCUGAACCAUCUGUCGUGUAGCUCCUACUAUAUGCACUAUAUGGAAAAGAUGGUGGGAAAUAUAGUACAAGAUAUCAUACCCUAAAUUAACGGAAGUGUUCUCUAUCUGUGUGUGUGUGGUCUUUUAUUAUUAUUAUUAUUAUUAUUUGAUGUAUUAUUUUUUUCAGGUGCGUCUGAGCCCCGUAACAUGGCCUACAUGAACCGGCUGGGCAUCUGGGGAGAGGGGACACCUUUCAGAGAGUUCAGCAACUUUAUCCAGGCUGUGGAGCGCAGGUGAGAGAGACAGACACACUAGUAACUCGUCAUAGUGGUGCAGAGUGGACGGCCACAGAAUGGAGACAGCAAGUGAUCUAGAAGUUAUGACUCUUGACAGAUGGAAUCUGUUGAGGCAGAAUGUCCUCGAACUGCUACAAAACAAAAAAUCUGUGUUGGUAGGAAAACUUAUCCUGCAGAAGUCUUGUUAUACUUCCCCUUGGCUAUGCCUAUUGAUACUGUCUAGCAUAUCACAAAUUACAUUCUACUUGAAGAGAUAUCUAUUCCAAAUAAAUAUUUUCCUCCCUUGUAUUGCCUUGUCCUCAGAGGUGUUGGUGCCAUGGAGAUAGUUGCCAUGGAUAUGAAGCUGAGGGGCAUGUACAUCGCCAGGCAGCUGAGCUUCACAGGCGUCACGUUCAAAAUCGAGGAGGUUCCCCUGACAACACACUACAUCAAGAUGUACAACAAGUCUGUACGCCUGGUAAGGAUCCCAAACCUUAACACAACCAUUUUCCCUGGGGUCUUUUCAGUAGGCUUGAAACAGAAACUGUGUGUGUUUUAACCUUGUCCUCUCUUUCCGUGUUUCAGUGGGUGGCUGCGCGGGAGAAGUUCCAGGCGGCUGCUAACUUGAUGGAGGCAGAGCAGCGGAUGAAGAAGUCCAUGUGGGGUCAGUUCUGGUCAGCCCACCAGAGGUUCUUCAAGUACCUCUGCAUCGCCUCCAAGGUCCGCAGGGUGGUGCAGCUCGCCAGGGAGGAGGUCAAAAACGGAAAGGUGGGUGGGAUGUUUCAGAAUGUAAAAAGAUGAGAUUGUGUCAUUGCAGGAAUCUUGAUUUUUCUGACAUCAGAUUUCAGAAGAUUAGGAAUACUGCCACAUUCAUAGCAUAUUCUUGCAUAUUGGUUUUAGUGUAUUGUGGUUCCUUCGGUUGGUUUGAAGAGAGGUGACUGGUGUUCUCGCAUAUGUUUUUCUGUGAACCCAGACUGUUUGUCUCUCUGUAGUGUGUCGUGAUUGGUCUUCAGUCGACAGGAGAGGCCAGAACACUAGAGGCCCUGGAGGAAGGAGGAGGAGAGCUCAACGACUUUGUUUCCACCGCAAAGUAAGUUUUCACCCAGGCUUAUGGACACUAGAGGCCCAUUUAUCUGAUUUAAAGGCCUUUAUAGGUCUUAUGUUUUCAAAGGUCUUUAAAAAAUUGUGAAGAAGAGGACUACAGUGUUUCCGUUAUAUUGUGCCGCUGUUUAAUUGUUGCCUUCGCGGCACAAAAAGAAGAGAAAUUGAACAUUACAUAAUACGAGGCGCACUUUGAAGAUGUUAGUGCGCUUCUGUAUGUGCGUGUUCCAUUAUGCAUUACCUGAACAUGUUAGAUGAAAUGGCAAACCUCUUUCAUGUCUUACUUUGCACUGGGGAAAAAGUCAGUCUAGAGCCCUCCAACUUAGCUAGCUACCUUCGAAAUAUAGCCAUUUGGUACCUGAUCCAAUGAAUGAGGGAAUUAUUUUAUUAGACUUUUUGAUUGUAGGCUAAUGUUCUAAUAUUUACCUCCAAGAGAGCUACAGGGUGUGUAGACUUGUGUUCCAAAUCCGCUCCAACACACCAGAUUCUACAAAUCAACCACUCAACAUGACCUUGUUACGCUGACUCGGGUGUGUUUGAGCAGUGCUGGAUCAAAAGCCUGCACACCCAGUGGCCUAGCCCUCCAGAUGGAGAGUUAACUACAUGUUUUAUACAGUAUAUUUGACUUUAAGGCAUUUUUUCAGUGGUAUCAUUAUAGCUGGUAUUGAUAACUGGUCGCACGAUUUCCUAGCAACAACAUUAAGUCACCAUCAGUCGAUACUUGUACAAAUGUCAAUUCUGAACAUGCUUACCUGUACCUAUGUUUGCACAACAGCGGUGCUGAAAUUCAUACUUUCAAUAAACUUUUAUUGAAUACAACCACAUACCUUUUCCUCAUUUGUGAUGUUCACUCAGCGCUAAUGCGCUUGUCAAUUUAAUCUGUUUAUGUAGUACGUCAAGGCCGCUAUGUCUCCAGUUGAGCAACACAAAUUAGGAAAAAGUUGGUUGUAUUCAAUAAAGGUUUUCCUUAAAAGUAUGCAUUUCAUCACCCCACGGAAGGACCGCAGUUGUACAGGACAAAGAGGUACAGGUAAGCGUUUUUAGAAUUGACAUUUUUACAAGUAUCGACUGAUGGUGACUCAAUGUUGCGAGCAAACCGCGCAAGCAGUUAUCAAUACUCAACUCUGCCUAAUAUAAAAGAGAACUUGUUGAGCGUUCCUCAGCUAAUUUCUGGUGGGGAAUAUAAGCAGGUGUGUGGUGCACGCAGACUUCAUAAUUUGUAUUAAAUUGCAGUCCAUGUGCCAUUAAAGGUAUUAAGUUCAACUUCAUGGAACCUGCAGAUACCCUGUAUGGAGAGAACAUAUUGAGAAACAACUUGGAAUCUAUUAGGAAUAUAUUUAACUUUUAACAUGGAUUGUUAUUGUGAUACUUUUGUUAUUGGUGACAUUUAGGCUAGUAUUGUACAGCUGUAAUGCUAGCUAGCUACAUGCCUAUGCCAGGUGUAUGGUAGUACUAUCUAUAACGAGGUGUUUGCCCUCUCCCCUCCCAGAGGCGUUCUGCAGUCCUUGAUAGAGAAGCACUUCCCUGCUCCAGACAGACAAAAGCUGUUCAGCCUGCUGGGCAUCGACCUGUCGGCCAAGAAGACGCCAUCUCCCAGCGAGGCCGCCGCAGAGCAAAAGGGCAAGAAGAGGAAAGGUACUGUAGGGCAGGCAGUAGGGAUGUAAUGAUUCACCGAUACUCAUUGGUCCCUGUUUCAAAUAUUUAAGGAAUGAGCGCAUCGGUCCGUGGGAUCCCAAAUCGAUUCGAAUGUAGCAUGCAUCGGUCAGAAAAUGUAUUCAAACGUUACGAAUCGCAGGUUCACAAUUUUUUUUGUACACUGCCUUCAGAAAGUAUUCAUACCCCUUUACUUAUUCCACAUUUUGUUGUUGUAGCCUGAAUUCAAAAUGGCUUCUCACCCAUCUACACACAAUACCCCAUAAUGACAAAGUGAAAACAUGUUUUUAGAAAUGUUAGCAAAUUUAUUGAAAAUGAAAUACAGACACAUUGAAUUUACAUAAGUAUACACACCCCUGAGUCAGUACUUUGUAGAAGCACCUUUGGCAGUGAUUACAGCUGUGAGUCUUUCUGGGUAAGUAUUUUUUAAAGAGCUUUCCACACCUGGAUUGUACAGCAUUUGCCCUUUUUUAUUUUAUUUUUUAUUUUUUUAAUUCUUCAAGCUCUCUGCUAGACAACCGUUUUCAGGUCUUGUCGUAGAUUUUAAGUCAAAACUGUAACUCGGCCACUCAGGAACAUUCCAUGUCUUCUUGGUAAGCAACUGCAGUGUAGAUUUGUUUUAGGUUAUUUUCCUGCUGAAGGGUGAAUUCAUUGCACCGAGUCUGGUGGAAAGCAGACUGAACCAGGUUUUCCUCUAGGAUUUUGCCUGUGCUUAGCUCCAUUCCGUUUCUUUUUUUAUCCUGAAAAACUCCCCAGUCCUUAACGAUUACAAGCAUACCCACAACAUGAUGUAACCACCACUGUGCUUGAAAAUUCAAUAUCCGUUUUUAUAUAUAUAUAUAUAUAUAUAUAUAUAUAUAUAUAUAUAUAUAUAUAUAUAUAUAUAUAUAUAUAUAUAUAUAUAUAUAUAUAUAUUUUUUUUUUUUUAUCUAGCAAUGGGCACCCUUCUCUCUGAGGCCUUCGAAAACCUCCCUGGUCUUUGUGAUUCAAUCGGUUUGAAUUCACUGCUCGACUGAGGGACAUUACAAUUAUCUGUAUGUGUGGGGUACAGAGAAGGUCAUUCGUAAAUCCUGUUAAACACUAUUAAUGCACACAGUGAGUCCAUGCAACUUAUUAUGUGACUUGUUAAGCACGUUUUUACUCCUGAACUUAUUUAGGCUUGCCAUAACAAAGGGGUUUAAUACUUAUUGACUCAAGACAUUUCAGCUGUACAUUUCUAAAAACAUGAUUCCACUUUGACAUUAUGGGGUAUUCUGUGUAGGCCAGUGACAACAAAAUCUAAAUGUAAAUCAAUUUUAAAUUCCGUCUGUAACAAAACAAAAUGUGGAAAAAGUCAAGGUGUGUGAAUACUUUCUGAAGGCACUGUAAUUUUGUUGACAGUCAGUAAUUUUGCAUGCCGAACAACCCCUGGCAAUGUCAGUAGCCUUGUCAAACUGUGUACAGUUUCGCGCUGACCAACAAGAUGUAGGCCUAUUCCUGAUCUGGCACAUCUGCGUGUCACCUUCAGCAUUCAAAUGAAUCAGAUAUACAAGGUAAAGUUGAUAAUUUCAUAACGAGGACAGCAAUCACUUUUGCUACCAGCAUUGCAUGGUUGACGCGGGAGAAGAAGAGAAGCUCAUUUGGAGUGUUUUCAGAUCAAAAGUAUGUGUGGGGUGGUAGAUGCCCCGUUCCCUUAUGGCUCAGCUCAGGUGCCUUCAUACAGAAUUUACAAACACACACACAGAAGUCAGCUCAGACUGAUCCUGCUCAGAGAGCCCCAGCUCAUGAGCUCCAUCAGCAACAGAUUUUAAUUUAGAAUGGAAAAAUGUUAGUGUGUGGCACCGAAUUGCAUCGAUUCAUUCCUCUAAUCGCACCGAAUCGUUUCAAACAAAAAUGUAUCGUUCCUGUAUCGUACAGUGGGGGGAAAAAAGUAUUUAGUCAGCCACCAAUUGUGCAAGUUCUCCCACUUAAAAAGAUGAGGCCUGUAAUUUUCAUCAUAGGUACAUGUCAACUGUGACAGACAAAAUGGGAGAAAAAAAAUCCAGAAAAUCACAUUGUAGGAUUUUUAAUGAAUUUAUUUGCAAAUUAUGGUGGAAAAUAAGUAUUUGGUCAAUAACAAAAGUUUCUCAAUACUUUGUUAUAUACCCUUUGUUGGCAAUGACACAGGUCAAACGUUUUCUGUAAGUCUUCAAGGUUUUCACACACUGUUGCUGGUAUUUUGGCCCAUUCCUCCAUGCAGAUCUCCUCUAGAGCAGUGAUGUUUUGGGGUUGUCGCUGGGCAACACGGACUUUCAACUGGGGUUGAGAUCUGGAGACUGGCUAGGCCACUCUAGGACCUUGAAAUGCUUCUUACGAAGCCACUCCUUCGUUGCCCGGGCGGUGUGUUUGGGAUCAUUGUCAUGCUGAAAGACCCAGCCACGUUUCAUCUUCAAUGCCCUUGCUGAUGGAAGGAGGUUUUCACUCAAAUCUCACGAUACAUGGCCCCAUUCAUUCUUCCCUUUACACGGAUCAGUCGUCCUGGUCCCUUUGCAGAAAAACAGCCCCAAAGCAUGAUGUUUCCACCCCCAUGCUUCACAGUAGGUAUUGUGUUAUUUGGAUGCAACUCAGCAUUCUUUGUCCUCCAAACAUGACGAGUUGAGUUUUUACCAAAAAGUUCUAUUUUGGUUUCAUCUGACCAUAUGACAUUCUCCCAAACCUCUUCUGGAUCAUCCAAAUGCACUCUAGCAAACUUCAGACGGGCCUGGACAUGUACUGGCUUAAGCAGGGGGACACGUCUGGCACUGCAGGAUUUGAGUCCCUGGCGGCGUAGUGUGUUACUGAUGGUAGGCUUUGUUACUUUGGUCCCAGCUCUCUGCAGGUCAUUCACUAGGUCCCCCCGUGUGGUUCUGGGAUUUUUGCUCACCGUUCUUGUGAUCAUUUUGACCCCACAGGGUGAGAUCUUGCGUGGAGCCCCAGAUCGAGGGAGAUUAUCAGUGGUCUUGUAUGUCUUCCAUUUCCUAAUAAUUGCUCCCACAGUUGAUUUCUUCAAACCAAGCUGCUUACCUAUUGCAGAUUCAGUCUUCCCAGCCUGGUGCAGGUCUACAAUUUUGUUUCUGGUGUCCUUUGACAGCUCUUUGGUCUUGGCCAAAGUGGAGUUUGGAGUGUGACUGUUGUGGACAGUUGUGGACAGGUGUCUUUUAUACUGAUAACAAGUUCAAACAGGUGCCAUUAAUACAGGUAACGAGUGGAGGACAGAGGAGCCUCUUAAAGAAGAAGUUACAGGUCUGUGAGAGCCAGAAAUCUUGCUUGUUUGUAGGUGACCAAAUACUUAUUUUCCACCAUAAUUUGCAAAUAAAUUCAUUAAAAAUCCUACAAUGUGAUUUUCUGGGAUAAAUAUUUUCUCAAUUUGUCUGUCAUAGUUGACGUGUACCUAUGAUGAAAAUUACAGGCCUCAUCUUUUUAAGUGGGAGAACUUGCACAAUUGGUGGCUGACUAAAUACUUUUUUUCCCCCACUGUAUCUGAGCCCAUGUAUCUAGAUAUGUAUUGAAUCGUCUUGAAAGGGAAAGAUGCCCAUCCCUAGCAGGGAGCCAACCUCUGUAGGAAAUGACAGUCAAUGGGUCAGAUGGGACAGUAAAGAGUUUGAUCUUGGUUUUGUUCAGCUGGUUACUUCAGCAACAAAAUCUCUACUUGCCUAUCCAGUGUUCUUUUUGUGUGAACAUGUGACUCAUCCUAGAUGUUUUAUAUAAUGUUCUGGCUUACUGUUCCACAUAUGAGACGUGAAUCUUUAAAAAGGCCUUUGUCUCCCACACUAAUAGUGUUUUGGCUGUUUACCAAUUGUAAUGUUCCCUCCUCUCUCCCAGCAGGUGCUGAGAUAAAGAAACCAGAGAAGCGGAAGAGAAAGUCUGGUGGUCUGUCGGGGAGCAGUUCUGACGACAGCGAUUCGGAGGAGUCGGAUAAGGAUGAUGCGGAGAGUGACAACAGCUUCAAGUCCGUCAGCUCGGGAGAAGAUGAUGAAGAUGACUUCAAUCCCUUCAAGGAUGAUUCCAGCGAGGAUGAGGAGGAUGGUGAGCGAGGGAGUUUGAUGAUGAUGUUUAAGAUGUUUGAUGAUUAGUACCGAACAUUGUCUUACACUUUCCGCCUCUUUCAGACCCCUGGCUGUCUGGAAAGAGGAAAGAGGCGAAGAAAGGCAAGGAGAAGAAGAAUAAAAAGAAGACGAAGAAGAAGAGCAUUGAUCCAGACUCUAUCCACAGUGCCUUGUUAGCCUCUGGUCUGGGCUCCACCAGGCCUGCUUUCACCACCCCCAUAGUCAAGACCUCCAGCACACCUGCCAUAGGUGAGUUAGUAGCAACAACGCACCUGCCAUAGGUGAGUGUCGUGUCGAACUUCUGUGCAAAUGACCUUUUGCCGUCAAUGUAUUUUCUAAAGUCUGAGUUAGGAUUGUAUAACCAGUCAGGAUGAGCAGAUGAAGAUAUUCAACAUUUUACACUCUCUCGCUCUCUCUCCCUCUAAUCCCUCCAUCAGCCAAGGUAGAAGCAGAUGACAGCUGUAUGACCAGUCAGGAUGCUGUGGAAGAUGCUCAGCAGAUGAAGAGGGAUCUGUUGGACCAGCUGGAGAAGCUGGCUCAGGAUCUACCCCCCAACACUCUGGAUGAACUCAUAGACGAGCUGGGAGGACCCGAUAACGUGGCUGAGGUAAUGGGUUAAAUUAAAUAUAUGGAUAGAAUAACAAUGGCUCAAACGUGGCACAGGAGCUGGACAAAAUAAAAUAACAAUUUAAAGAAACUAAGACUCCACUCAUUGUUAACUGCACAUUUUUUUAGGCUAGAUAUGUAGCAACAACAUUUGGACCUUUUGACUAUCUUUUUAAAUAUUUUUGUUAAUCCUUUGUUUUGAUCCCACAUUGUCUCUGCUGUAUUCCAGAUGACGGGUCGUAAAGGCCGGGUAGUCAGUAAUGACGACGGCAGCAUCUCCUACGAGUCUCGCUCUGAAUUGGACGUUCCUGUGGAGAUCCUCAACCUCACAGAGAAACAGAGGUUCAUGGACGGAGAGAAGGUAAGGGAGGACAGGCAGAUGAGGAGGAGAAACAAAUGUUUUAUUGUCACAUACACCGGAUAGGUGCAGUGAAAUGUGGUGUUUAGUAGUUUGGCACCACUGUAGCAAAUUAGGGUUAAGUGCCUUGCUCAAGGGCACAUCAACAGAUUUUUUUUUAACCUUUGGCCUUUCGGUUACUGGUGAAGAAUCUGUCUGUGCCCUUGAGCAAGGCACUUAACCCUAAUUUGCUCCAGGGACACCGUAUUACUAUGAGAGGCAGAGCCCGAGCCAGCUUCUCUGCUAGUUUACCUGAGAGAAGGACAUGGGAGAAGGGAACAGUAAUACACCAUGAUUCUGUCUUAGGCGAUGGGUACAAGCACAAUAACUUGAGAAAUGUAUGUUGUGGGGCAGUCUCCUUGUUUGAAUCACGAAUGUAUAGAAUCAGUUGAAUAUAUUGGUCACAAACCAUAGCACAGAACUAUUCCAAAUCUUGUUCUCCUCCCUCUCCAGAACAUAGCCAUCAUCUCGGAGGCGGCUAGCUCCGGUAUCUCCCUGCAGGCUGACCGGCGGGUGAAAAACCAGAGGAGGAGGGUCCACAUGACCCUGGAGCUGCCCUGGAGCGCAGACCGAGCCAUACAGCAGUUUGGUCAGUAAACUCUUUCUCUGGCUGUGGUUUCAUUACCCCCAUACAAUCUCAAGUACUGAGACUUUUGUGAAAAUGCUAUAAAAAUACAAUCGGUCUGUCUUCACUCUAGUCUUGUGGGAUUUACUUGUCUCUCGAUAAUGUGGCUCAUUGUACUUAAUUUACCUGGCAUGUCUCUGGGGUUUUCCACUCUGUUACAAUGGGAAUAGUAGGUAUGAGUUAUGUGAUGUAUUUAGAAUAAUGAAAUUAUGGGUGUUCUGCUCAAUGCUACCAUUGUCUGACAUCUCGUUCCCUCUCUCUCAGGGAGGACCCACAGGUCUAACCAGGUGACGGCUCCAGAGUACGUGUUCCUCAUCUCUGAGCUGGCUGGGGAACAGAGGUUUGCCUCCAUUGUGGCCAAGAGACUGGAGAGCCUGGUAAGAACCUGUCCUGUCAGUGGUUCAAUUGAACUGACCAGUGGAAAAUGUGGUUAUUAUCCCCCAUGUUUGAGUUCUUGAAGUUUUGCAGCUGAUGCUACAUGUGAUCUGUGUGUUCCACAGGGUGCCCUCACCCAUGGAGACAGAAGAGCAACAGAGACGAGAGAUCUCAGCAGGUUCAACUUCGACAACAAAGUAAGUAGAUACGCCACAUAGGAAUACGCUGUGUGUGUAGGGUUCAGUUUCUAACUUCCUUUCUGCGCCACUCCACAGUACGGUAGAAACGCACUGGAGAUCGUGAUGAAGUCCAUCGUCAACCUGGACUCUCCGUUAGUGAAUCCUCCCUCGGACUUCGAAGGGGAUUUCUACAAAGGUGAGUCUGGACUGAUCUUGUAAUAUAGUCAUCGUCCGGGCAAUUCCUUGAUAACAGAAUGAUGCUAAGACUCAGAUUUUAACUUUAAAAUGUAUGCCAAACAAAACCAAUAAUUGCAAAGUUAAACAAGGCAACAGUAAAAAUGCUGUCCCCAACUAAUAACGCAGACUUGGGCCAAUCAGAAUAAUUUUGUCAUUGAUGGAUUUCUGUGGCAAGACGCAUCAUUCACCCAAAUUUAGUCAAAAUCGGGCCAGUGUUGUCUAAGAUCGUGUGGGUUAGCGAGACUCAUCCCUGAGCAUGUGUGCCAAAUUUCAUCACUCUGAGUCAAACAGAUCGCGACAUAAACACGUGCCCGUUAUAGCGCCACUGUGUGGUCGAUAUGAAUGUUACUGCAUGUGUUGAGUCUUGACAGUGUUUGCAACAUGUGUACCAAAUUUUGUUACAAUACCAAUAUCCUUGACUGUUUCAUAUACAUUUAUUUGUCAGACCACACCCACGUGAAUGUUUAUUGGUCAAUAGGUACCUAGUCUGGAGAAUAUUGCAUUGAGAGAGACUUUUGUACAUAGAUGCCACAUAUCACGAUACCAAAACGAAAAUGAUACCAACAUUUUAGAAUACCGUUUCAUAUGAUACUACCACAUUUUUCGGCCCUACCGAUCUAAAGAACCGGCUUGCGCUGGUUAUAAAAUGUUUAUAAAGUCAGUUUUGUUUAUACAUUUUAAGCAACAGCAACCAGUCUCUUGUAUGCGCCAGUCCAAUAAUGUCCUUCACGUUCAUGCACAUCUCACGUGUAAUGAGCCAGCCACAUCCCCUACCAGCCGUCACUCGCUUGUUUCUCUUCGUCCGCACUUCUUGUGCCUCUAUUCCUCCAUCAGUUUUUAAAAUAGCCCGAACUGUAAAAUAAAUAUGACCCAUAUUACCGAACCUACCUUUUGUUCUUCCUGUGCGAUUUCGCCCGCAUUGUACAGUGGGGAGAACAAGUAUUUGAUACACUGCCGAUUUUGCAGGUUUUCCUACUUACAAAGCAUGUAGAGGUCUGUAAUUUUUAUCAUAGGUACACUUCAACUGUGAGAGACGGAAUCUAAAACAAAAAUCCAGAAAAUCAUAUUGUAUGAUUUUUAAGUAAUUAAUUUGCAUUUUAUUGCAUGACAUAAGUAUUUGAUCACCUACCAACCAGUAAGAAUUCCGGCUCUCACAGACCUGUUAGUUUUUCUUUGAAGCCCUCCUGUUCUCCACUCAUUACCUGUAUUAACUGCACCUGUUUGAACUCGUUACCUAUAUAAAAGACACCUGUCCACACACUCAAUCAAACAGACUCCAACCUCUCCACAAUGGCCAAGACCAGAGAGCUGUGUAAGGACAUCAGGGAUAAAAUUGUAGACCUGCACAAGGCUGGGAUGGGCUACAGGACAAUAGGCAAGCAGCUUGGUGAGAAGGCAACAACUGUUGGCACAAUUAUUAGAAAAUGGAAGAAGUUCAAGAUGACGGUCAAUCACCCUCGGUCUGGGGCUCCAUGCAAGAUCUCACCUCGUGGGGCAUCAAUGAUCAUGAGGAAGGUGAGGGAUCAGCCCAGAACUACACGGCAGGACCUGGUCAAUGACCUGAAGAGAGCUGGGACCACAGUCUCAAAGAAAACCAUUAGUAACACACUACGCCGUCAUGGAUUAAAAUCCUGCAGCGCAUGCAAGGUCCCCCUGCUCAAGCCAGCGCAUGUCCAGGCCCGUCUGAAGUUUGCCAAUGACCAUCUGGAUGAUCCAGAGGAGGAAUGGGAGAAGGUCAUGUGGUCUGAUGAGACAAAAAUAUAGGUUUUUGGUCUAAACUCCACUCGCCGUGUUUGGAGGAAGAAGAAGGAUGAGUACAACCCCAAGAACACCAUCCCAACUGUGAAGCAUGGUUGUGGAAACAUCAUUGCAAACAAAGGUUUCUGUACCAAAUAUUAAGUUCUGCUUUUCUGAUGUAUCAAAUACUUAUGUCAUGCAAUAAAAUGCAAAUUAAUUACUUAAAAAUCAUACAAUGUGAUUUUCAGGAUUUUUGUUUUAGAUUCCGUCUCUCACAGUUGAAGUGUACCUAUGAUAAAAAAUUACAGACCUCUACAUGCUUUGUAAGUAGGAAAACCUGCAAAAUCGUCAGUGUAUCAAAUACUUGUUCUCCCCACUGUAUAUUAUUUCUGAAAGUAUGUUGUGGGCAGUUUUUAAACUAAUCCCGGGUUGCUAAUUAUUGGUUUGAUAAACAAUUCAGUCAUGUUGGCUAGCUAGCAAACAACCUGCUAACUUGACAGUAUGUCUAGGUAAAUUUGAUUGGCACAGGAAUAAAGGAAAAGGGUCUGCUAGUCAUGAGAUGUGCUUCAAAGGUAGGAUUAGUAUAGGCCUAAUGUAAGCCGAAACUGUACUGACCAAAAAUAUAAACGCAACAUGUAAAGUGUUAUUUCAUGAACUGAAAUAAAAGAUCCCAGAAAUUUUCCAUGUACACAAAAAGCUUAUUUCUGAACUUUUGUGCACAAAUUUGUUUACAUCCUGUUAGUGAGGAUUUCUCCUUUGCCAAGAUAAUCCAUCCACCUGCAGGUGUGGCAUGUCAAGAAGCUGAUUAAACAGCACGAUCAUUACACAGCCGCACCUGUGCUGGUUUUGUCACACAACACAAUGCCACGGAUGUCUCAAGUUUUGAGGGAUUUGGCAUGCUGACGGCAGGAAUGUUAAUUUCUCUACCAUAAGUCGCCUCCAACGUCGUACAUCCAACCGGCUUCACAACUGCAUACCACGUGUAACCACGCCAGCCCAGGACCUCCACAUCUGGCUUCUUCACCUGCUGGAUUUUCUGAGACCAGCCACCCGGACAGCUGAUGAAACUGUGGGUUUGCACAACUAAAAUAAUUUCUGCACAAACUGUCAGAAACUGUCUCAGGGAAGCUCAUCUGUGUGCUCGUCGUCCUUACCUGGAUCUUGACCUGACUGCAGUCGUGUGGGCGAGCGGUUUGCUGAUGUCAACGUUGUGAACAGAGUGCCCCAUGGUGGGGUUGAGGCAUAAACUACAGACAAUGAACACAAUUGCAUUUUAUUGAUGGCAAUUUGAAUGUAAAAUCGUUGAAAUUGUUGCAUGUUGCGUUUUUAUAUUUUCUUCAGUGUAUAUAAAAUAUCUAUCCCUUUCUGGUGCUCCUUAAAUUCUGUUUGGUUGCCUGUUUUUUACAUUUGGGAGUGAGAGCCGUGUGUGUUUUGAGAGGGAGGGAGACCGAGUGUGUCUGUGUUAACUGAAGAGUAAAGAAGGGUUCAUGCAGUGUUUUCCCCUUACUGCCACAAUGACAUGCAGAUCAUUAUGCAUGUAUAUUCAUUCCUUCCUCCCAUUCCUCUAGCCAAAUCACAGGUCGGCCUUUGCAAAUAUGAGCAAAUCAGCCAUUCUAUGCAGUAUUCUAUUAUACAGUGUGAAGUUAAUUAUAUAUUUUGUGUUGAGUAGAAGUGUGAAUAUCAGUGACAGGAUGUUGAAAAAACGGGAACAAGCAUCCGGGGGAUCGCUAUACUACUCAGUAUGGUGAUACUUGGCCUGGUAUCAUGUCAUUAGUAAAAUGUUGGUAUCGUGACAACACUUCUUAAAGUACAUUUAUUUUUGUAAAGUUUUCAGUGGAAAUUGUUAAGUAGUCCUUGACUUUAAGUAGUCCUUGAUGCUGAGUCUCUGCAUCAUUCUGUUACUGUGGAAGUGCCCAUCCCUAUUUUGAGCCAGUGGAAAUGUCAUUCUCCUGCUUGAUACUGGGGAUUCUUUCAUAGUGUCUCUUAUCCACACUUGAAUGACUCAGGCCAAAAACGGAGUUAACCUAUCUGGUGCGUGGCUGUGGUCUUACUUUCAUCUGACGUGAUCCUUUCUUCAUCCUAUUCUCUGGCAGAGAUCCGUCAUGGGUUGAUCGGAGUGGGUCUGAUCAAUGUGGAGGACCGAUCAGGGAUUCUGUCUCUGGACAAAGGUGAGACUGGCUGUAACUUUAAGACUUGUCAGAUUACAAUUAAAAAGUAUAAGAUUGUACGGUUCUUUCGGUACAUUACACUAUCCUCUCCUUCCCAGACUACAACAACAUAGGGAAGUUCCUGAACCGUAUCCUGGGGAUGGCAGUGCAGGAGCAGAACGCUCUGUUCCAGUACUUCUCUGACACGCUGGCAGCUGUCAUACAGAACGCCAAGAAGAACGGACGCUACGACAUGGGCAUCCUGGGUAAGAUUGGAGAGGAACCUUUUUUUGUUGUUAAAUUAGAUUAUUGACAGCUACUGUGAAUGAGGGACUAUACUGUGCAUGACACCUGCAGUAUUAACUGAUUGGAGCUGUGUUUAUCUUGUCUUGUAGACCUGGGUUCUGGGGAUGAGAAGGUGAAGAAGAUCGAAGCCAAGAAGUUCCUGACCCCAGGCUACUCCACCUCAGGACAUGUGGAGCUCUACACGGUACGGCUAACCAUUUGUUUUUCCCAAUAGGCGACAACAGAAACUGGUUUAACCAGGAAUUCUUAUCUUACGUCUCCAGUGGACUGGUAGCCAUUUUCCAUGUUGUAAAUACUGUCUCUGUAUUGUCUGUCAGGUGAGUGUGGAGAGAGGCAUGUCCUGGGAGGAUGCCACCCACGCCUGGGCCGAGCAGAGUGGACCAGAUGAUGGCUUCUAUGUACAGGUACCAAAAGACCAACAAGAUGUUUUCAUGUCUUCUCUACUGAGUUUGGCAAACUCUACAUUGUGGAUCAUCAACUAGAUUCAGCCACGGAUGGUCAGGGGGCUGGAACGUAAUUAGACAUUUGUAGAGCCUCCCGAGUGGCGCAGCAGUCUAAGGCACUGCAUCACAGUGUUGUGGCGUCACUACAGCCUGUGGUUCGAUCCCAGGCUGUGUCACAAUCGGCCGUGACCGGGAGUCCCAUAGGGCGGUGCACAAUUGGUCCCAGCAUCAUCCAGGUUAGGGGAGGGUUUGGCCGGGGGGACUUUACUUGGCUCAUCACGCUCUAGCGACUCCUUGUGGCGGGCCGGGCGCCUGCAGGCUGACAUCGGUCAUCAGUUGAACGGUGUUUCCUCCAACACAUUGGUUCAGCUGGCUUUCCGGGUUAAGUGAGCGGGUGUUAAGAAGCGCAGCUUGGCGGGUCAUGUUUCGGAGGACGCAUGACUCGACCUUUGCCUCUCCCGAGCCCGUUGGGGAGUUGCAUCGACGAGACAAGAUGGAAAUCCGAUAUUGGAGAGAGAAAAGGGGGUGAAAAAUUACAAUAAAUAAAAAUAUAAAAAUUGUGGACUGCAAAUUGGACCAAGAAGGCCCAAACAUAUAUAAUAUUUGACUAAAACAUAAUUUCAAACCUUGCAUACGUUUGGAUAUUUUUGACUGCCAUAACAUUUCUCUAAGAACAUUUUUAGUUUUACAAACUCUAGUUGUAACAUUGCUGUAUUUUGCUGAUUCCCAGAUAAGGAACAACAAGAAGACGGCCAUCUUGGUGCAGGAGGUGAACAGUAAGAAGAGGCUGUUCCUGGUCUACAGACCGAACACGGGCAAACAGCUUAAACUGGAGACCUACGCUGACAUCAAGAAGAAGUGUAAAAAGGUGCUGUCAGAUGAUGCCAAGCAGCAUUGGAUCGACCAGUACAAGUCUUCAGCUGAGAUCUGCGCUCAUGCUUACUGGUAGGUGCUGUUUCUCCUAUGACUUUAAAGUUGUAGUGGUGGUUUUGGCGGAGUCAUCAAGUUCACUACCAGGUCUUACUCUUUACUAGUAUAGUUGUAUGAACUAGUCAGGUAAGAGGUGAAUCAUGUGUUUAUUAACCCCGUCUCCUCCCUCCCUUCAGGCGUGGUAACUGUAAGAAGAUGUCUGUGGGUCUGCAGUGUGAGGUGGGUCUGCGCUGCAGGACGUACUAUGUGCUGUGUGGCUCUGUGCUCAGCGUGUGGACCAAGGUGGAGGGGGUCCUGGCCUCCGUCAGCGGAACCAAUGUCAAGAUGCAGAUCGUCCGCCUCAGGACAGAGGACGGGCAGAGGAUCGUGGGUAAGUCGAUGCUGGAAGAGUUUUGGGCAGAAUACAUUUUUCUACGCUUUUGAAAAUGUUCCCUUUUAAUGUAUUUUACCGGAGGAGUAUUCUACCAAAGUAGAAGCUGCUCCCUCUCCUCCCCAACAAGUGACAUUUUAAAUGAACAGUCAUUGAAAUUAGGUUGGACUACGUGGACGGGAGCGAAUGUACUUUUUUUUCCUAACGUGGUUAUUUCCUAUCUCUUUCUGUCUCGUGUCCAGGCCUGAUCAUUCCAGCCAACUGCGUCUCUCCUCUGACCAACAUCCUGUCCUCAUCUGACCAGUCUCAGCAACUUGCUGUUCAGCAGCAGCAGAAGUGGCAGCAGCUGCACCCUCAGAGCCUCAGCCACAUACACAACACAUAGCAUGGCUUCACCACCCAGUCCGACCUGAUGGGCUUCGACCCCCAUCUCCGCCUCCGCCCUGGGUUCUUGACCCAACCUGAUGGGAUACGACCAUAUUUCUAUUUGGAUCUCCACCUCUGCACCACCACCACCACCACCACCCCCCCACCCCCUUCUCCUCCCUAG